AUAUCACAGAUACACAGGUGUAAUAGAUUAGUCAGUUCAUUCCAUGUCAUCUGUGAUUAAGCUACUGAUGCACUUAUCAGUGUGAGGAUCAGCAAAAAGCAUAAUAUUUCAAAAUUCAGGACUGAGAUACUUUCAAAAUGAUACCCAAACACAAACAAAAACCAACAACGACAAGUGCAAAAGCUAUUCUGUCUCUCUGUCUGACUUUAACAGCAAUAUCCUUAACUGACAGUCAACUGUGCCCCCUUCCUCCUCCUUGUGGAUGUGAAAGAGGAGAAAAUGGAGCUGUAAUUAACUGCAGAUACUACAAACUUACAGCUUUGCCAGAAAUAACACCGAGCAAUGUCACAUUCUAUGAGCUUACCUUGGCUCAUAAUAACAUUCAUCUUUUAACACCAGGGAUGUUUCAAGGACUUUCUAUCCAAAGAUUGGACCUCAGCAGCAAUCCAAUUGAGUACCUUGACAAUAACACCUUUAUUGGGCUGGAGUCUUCCCUAACUGAGCUCAUUUUAGAGGUUCGUGAAGGAACACAAGUUCAUAUAAACAUGGAAGCCAUAACAAGUUUAACUAAAUUGGAAUAUCUUUAUCUGAAAGGAUUUACAAUGCCAGUAUUACCAGAUGCAUUAUUUCAUGAACUGACAAAUCUACGACAGCUUUACUUAGAGUCAUGUGCUGUAAGACAAAUAUCAAGCAAUACUUUCAGUGUUAUAAACAACACUUUAGAGGAGCUUCAUUUGAUAAAUAACAACAUCACAGAAGUGCCAACAAGUGGGCUAUCACUGUUGAAAAACCUCAAAAUUCUUGAUCUCUCCGGGAAUAUCAUUCGGUCAAUUAAUACAGAUUCUUUUCAAGGUCUUACAGCAUUGGUAGACCUAGAUCUAUCCCAUAAUGCACUGCAGAUUCUCCAUUUGAAUGCAUUCAGGGGACUGGAGGUCAACUUGGAAAAACUUUCCCUACAUCUCAACAUCUUGAUGGAGCUUCAACUCCCUGCAAUAUCAAAGUUAUAUAAACUCAAAAGUCUCAAUCUUGCAAAUAACCAGAUUCAGACCAUUCAAAAUGGACUGUUCACAAAUCUUACAAGAUUGGAGUAUCUUAACAUACUUGGCAACCAGCUACGUGCAAUUACCCCAUAUACAUUCAAUGGACUUCAUACAAGACUAAAAUCUCUCAUUUUAGCAGAAAAUAGGUUACGCUACAUUGCAAAUGAAACAUUCCUAUCCUUCAAUUCACUUGAAGAGCUUUAUCUGGACAAUCAGCAGCUAGUGGGGCUAUUCAAUCCUCAUACAUUCAAUGGAUUAGAGAAAAAUCUGAAAGUUCUCAGUAUUGACAAUGUUGGAUUCAGUUCUACAGCUUGGCUCAGUCUAAAGCCUCUCACAAAACUCAGGACACUUAAUCUCUGUCACAAUCAGGUCACCAUCAUUCCAAACUAUUUCUUUGAAAAUUUCACCCACCUCAAUACUCUAAAACUAUGUCACAAUAGUAUGUAUACUCUGGCCCAGGCCACCCUAUAUGGCCUUCAAAGUACGCUACGCAGACUUCUCCUUAAUAAUAACAAUAUAGUGUCUAUGGACAGAUGCACUUUUAAUGAAUUCCAUUUUCUGGAGGAGGUGACACUGGGAGGUAACCCCCUGCAGUGUGACUGUAGACUGCAAUGGCUAAAAGAAUGGGUUAACAGGACAUUCACACCUUUCUUACAGCAGGUGCUAAUUGACUGGCGUUGUGACCAGCCUGAGGAUGUUCAAGGAAAACUUUUCAGAAUGAUUCCUUGGGAGAACUUUACAUGCGUUAGACAGCCUAUCCCUCGGUCUUGUAUUCCAUAUACUACAACAACAAGCACAACUACGACAACUCCAACAACAACUACUACUUCUACUACAACUAUGACAUCUACUACGACUUCUACUACUACUACUACAACUAUACCUAGCACCACAAGUCCAAGAACUAGAAGUACAUCACCAACAACACAUGCAGUGAAUUCUACACCAAACACUGUCAACAGAACAACUACUCUACAACAGUACACUUCAUCAUCAUUUACAGUAACACCCCAGAACACCAGUAGAACCCCAGUAAAAACAGCAACAACAUUAUCAUCAUCAUUAGUUACAAUAAGUGAGUUGUCAUCUCCCACCACCAGGUCCCCACCAACAGAACAUUCUUCAUCAGGAACAAUCCCUGCCAUAAGCAGCACUCCACAGAGUUCUGUAGUUCCAACACAUGGCACCCAUUACCUAGAGAUCAGGCUCCUUAAUGCUACAACAUCCUCCUUGAAAUUCUGGUGGAAUCCUGACCACGAUCAUGACAUAACAGGAUACCAGAUACAAUAUGACUACUUCACACAAGAAAUGAAUCACACAACACUGUCAGACCCCCUCCACUAUACUGUGACAGUAUAUGAGAUGAGGAGACUACAAGCUGGCACUAGCUACCACAUAUGUAUCAUCAUUCUUUUGGAUAACAGAGAAAUGGAUAAAAGACCCGAGAACUGCUUUAAUGCAUCGACAAACGCAGUUCCAGCACCUGCUAAUAAUUCCAACCAAUCACAUCCCCCUGGUCCCAUUUCUGCUGGUACUUUAGCUGGAGUGAUCAUUGGCGUUAUUCUUGUGGUAGUAGCAGUUAUAGCUGUGGCUGUAGUUGUAGUAGUGAUCAGAAGACGAAAGUUAACAACAGAACCAUACUAUGCAAAACCAUCAAAAGGGUUACCAAGCAAUACCCUACCUACAACAAGCUAUGACUCAAAACGUUACACCAAAAAGAAAAAUCUCAAUGGUGCUGCAAAAGCAAAUAGUGGGGUAUGUGAGACUAAGUUUAAUGGAAAGGCUGACUUAGCAGCUGAUAAAAAUUCAGAAAUUGAAGGUGCAACAGCCUUCCCAUCUACAAGUGAAAAACUAAGUGAUGAAAAAGCUGCAAGCAUUGAAAAUGAAGUGAAUUCGGCUGAAAGAUGGAGUGCUGCUAAUGAACGAUAUAAAAAAAUGCCUUUGCCUCCUAAACCAGAAGAUGGAUACUUAAACCCUAAAGACUGUAUACCUGACAGUCCAUCAGAUCCUGCUGAUGUGUACUGUGAAAUAGGCUAUAUCUAAUUUAAUGCUUUGUACUUGAGAUAAGUGCAAAUUAUUGUAGAUUUUGUAUAUAAAUCAUUUCUGAAUACUAUUCAUUUAUCUGUUCUUUAAACACAACUUAAAAAAUACAAAUUAGUUAUACUAAUUAAUUGAGAGACAAGAUUUAUUUUAUCAUAAUAAA